AUGUGCAAGUGCCUCUGUGUGCAUGAUGGUCUCGGCGGUUGGGGUGUGUCCAGGUUUUACUCGAUAGCCCUGAUCAGCGGAGGUGUCCCCCACACCAACUUCCCUGAGGCUGUGGCUGCUGAGGAGGAGGACAUCCUGGGGGCUGAAUCAUCCCAGUGCCCUGCGCCCCCUCUACCCGCAGGGAAAGGAGAGCGGGCAGGCAGGUGCGUCGGGACUGCCUUCUGCCUGUCCCCUCGUGGCGCUGAGCCCUCAAGAGCAAAAGCAGAGGAGCACGGGAGUCCCCAUCUGCCCCACUCGGACGGAGGGCCAGCAGAGGUCCGCGCUAACCCUGCGCCUUUUGGGAGCACUGACCAGCCCAGCUGUCCUCCGGGUGUGCUGACACGGGCAAAAGGAGACUCAGGACUGGAGAACCCACCGUCACUGGUGUCCUGGGACAAGAACACUCUGGAAAAAACCAGUGAAGCGCCGUUAAGUAUGGUCACUGGGAGGAUAUGGGCUGCUUCAGAUCCGGGCGACCGUGCCGUCAGAGAUACACAGGAACCUUCAGUUUCAACCUCAGGCUCCUGGGGCUGCCAUGGCUCGUACCCCUGUCCCCAAUGGAUGUGUGUAGCUGGGAACACAAGCCAUGCCUCCUGCCAUCUUUUCCAGUGCACCUGCCCCAUCGUGAGCCCCUGCAGCAUGACAGCGGAGACCCUUUGCUGCAUCCCGGAAUGGCCGCGCUCUGCAGAGGAUGUGGCCCUUCACCUGCUCCCAGGGACUGAUAUUGUGUCGGCCACCGCUGUUGAGUCCACUCAGACCAGCGCCCGGAUUGCACGCUCUCCCACCUUGCCCAGAAGCUCCCUUGGCCACAGUGGCUCGGCGUCCUGGUCUCGUCCCAAGCGGCUCUGUCCCCUGGCUCAGUGUCCCCCCAUGGCCAUCUCGGUGCAAGUUCCUGCCGAUGCAGUCGAGCCUGCCGUCCAUUGCUUCCCAGAGGCUGACGCUCAGGCCCCUCUGAGUCUGGGGGUCCGGGUCCAGGUGGCUUCCCUCAAGGCUCUGUGUCUCCUGCUGGAUUUCGGGGACGGCUCUGAGGUUCGAGUGAGGAUCCACGAUGCGGCCGAGGGAGCAGCCGUCAUCGCCUACCACCAGUUCGGGAAAGAAGGAGUCUAUAUGCUCAAGGCAGUUAUUCUCAGUGAGUUCCAUGGAGCUGAAAAGGAGCUUGGCCCCUAUUAUGUGGAAAUUGGCCACACAACCGUGUCCGUGUCCAUGAACUCUAGCAGCCUCCACAAGGACGGGCUUGUUGUCCUCAUGGGCUCCCACACAGAUCAAAAAGGCACUGUCAUCACACAUCGUUUUCCAGCCGGUCCCUCUUGGAACGUGUCCUUCAUGUCUCAGACCCGAGCGGGCAGCAGCCAGACAUGGGCCCCCGUGACUGUUCAGUACCAGAUGCAGCCCGUCUCUGUCUACACUAACGGAACCGUGUUUGCCACCGACACCGACAUCACCUUUCUGGCUGUUACCAAGGAGACGACCUCCCUGGUGUUCCUGUGGUUCUUUGGAGAAGGCCCACCCAUGAGGACAACUUCCAGGCUGGUUAAGAAAAGACUCCGAAUCCCCAAGUGGUACAGCGUGACAGUGCAGGCUUCCAGUGGGCUGGGCAGGGUGGCCUCGGAGCCCCGCCACAUCAGGACGCAGAGGAGAAUUGUCGCCAACCGGCUUGUGUCCCCAUCCUCAGCUCUGCUCAACACCAGUGUGACCUUCGAGUGCAGACUCACCUUUGGCAGCGACGUGGCUUUCCUGUGGGACUUUGGGGAUGGUGCUGUGAGCCCGGGGGGCAGCUCCUCCACCCAUAGAUUUGGCAGGGAAGGGGAGUUUACUGUCCAGGUCCUUGCCUUCAAUGACGUCAGCGCUGCCUCCCUGAGAAAGCAACUUUUUGUGGUGCGUGAGCGGUGCCAGCCACCCCCUGUGAUGCGCAUGGGGCCUCAGAAGCUGCAGGUGUGGAGAUCUCAGCCCGUGAAGCUGGGCGUGACGUUCGAGUCUGCAAUCCUCUGUGACAUCUCCCAAGGCCUUUCCUACACCUGGACCUUCUGGAACUCAGAGGGGGCACAGGUGCUGCUGCCCCCGGCUGUCAGCACUCAUGGACAGACCCUCACUGUCCCCGGCUACUUCCUGCAGCCCGGCAACUACACCGCGCUUGCCAAGGUUCAGGUGGAGGGCAGCGUUGUGCACAGCACCUACUGCGUAGGGGUGGAGGUGCGAGUCCGGGCCCCUGUCAGCGUCAUCUCCGAGGGCACACACCUGUUCAUCUCCAGAGCCCCCUCAUUCACCGUUAUCCUCAGGGGGUCCCAGUCCUAUGACCCAGACAGUCCUGGGGCUGUUCUCAGGUAUCACUGGGAAUGCACUGCGGCCAGCACCCCUGGACGCUCCUGCUUCGCCGUCUCCUCUCCACAGAGCCUGGAUGCCAGAGCCCCCACCUUUUCCUUCCCUGCGGGCUCUCUGAGCGACAGCUAUGACCAGUUCCUCGUGACACUGAUGGUGUCCAGCGGCGGCCGGAACUCUUCAGAGGCACAGGUGUUCCUGUCCACUCGCCCUGACUCUGAGCUCAGAUUCGUUCACAUUUCCUGGGUCAACUUUAGAGACAUCUUUGUCAACUGGAACGAAGAACUCUGUCUUCAGGCUGAGUGCGAAGGCUGUGGCAAGGUGUCUGGGCUCUCCUACUCCUGGGACCUCUUCCUAGUCAACGCAACAGAAGGGACUAGCAUGGAAGCUCCCUUCUGUAGGACAGUGGGGCUGCUGGGCUCUGCCGGACUGGGGGCCGCUUCGAGGCCACCAGAGUCCAGCCCACCAUCCACGGAGCCGAGCUGGCCAGAGCCCCACGCAGCAGGAGUACCGUCCUCACGGGAGCCAUCGCCACAGACCUGGGGCCAGCCCGGCCUUUCAGUCACAGGGAAACCCUCCUUUGGGCCCAUGGUCGGCUGGCACCGGGUUCCCACCAUGGGUGAUGCUGCAGCCCCAGGAGUGACUCCCCAGGACCGGGGCUCCCCAGGACCCAGCCCCGGUGGGGGGAGUUCACCGACCCAGGGCCCAUCCCCUUCCCCCUCUGAUUUUGAAGCCUAUUACAGCAACAUUCAAGAGGCAGGGCCGUCCAGAGGGAGACAGCCCGCUGACUGGACCGACACCAGCCUGCCCGGAUCGGGUCCGAGUCCCAGUGCUGACGGGGACAACCUGCUGGGCCCCUUGCCCCCUGCGGCUGCUGCCAGGCCGCCUCUCAUGGUUGACUGGCACAAGUCCCUCGUGAGCCGCACGCUCUUCCACGGCUACACCGCCUCCGGUAUCACGGGACGGACUGUGACGAUAAAGCCAUUCUCCCUGAGCCCUGGGAAGACCUACGUUCUGCAGGCCACUGUGGCUUCCAAGCCCGGCCUCCUGGGACGAGCUCAGCUCUAUGUGAUGCUCAGGCCAGCUCCGCGGGACGUGGCCUGUCAGGUGCAGCCACAUCGUGGCCUCGAGGCACACACUAUCUUCAGCAUCUUCUGUGUGUCCGGGAGACCAGACUUUCAUUACGAGUUCAGUUACCAGGUAGGAAACGGGUCCAGACACACUUUGUACCGAGGGACAGACAGCCAGUACUACUUCGCACUGCCCGCGGGCGAGCCCUCCGAUGGCUAUAAUGUUGUGCUGUCCAUCAAGAUCACAGAUGGCAUGGGCUCUCAGGUGCAGCCAUGCUCUGUGGCCGUGACUGUGCUGCCCCGUCUCCACAGGGGCCUCUGCCCGGAUGAGGACAUCUAUAAUUCCAGCCUGAAGCAGCUGUCCACCCUUCGGCUCAUGCGCAGUCACACAGAAGCCAGGAACUAUAUUGCCAUGAUCACCAGGGUCCUGAGUCGCUGGGCUACGGACGACAGCAGACCCCCGUGUGGACAGUGGUCCCGAAUACAGGAUGCGCUGAUUUCUUCAGCCUGUGGACUGCCUUCUGUGGAUCAGGAUGGUCUCUCUGCCACCAGGGAGUGCGAGCUCCACGUCAGCGCAGGACAGAUGGAGUUCCACACGCUGCUUCAUCGUGACCGUCAGGGCGCCACGCGGAGCUUGGGCUCCGUGCGGGUGCAUUUACCCGGAGACCUGGCAGAGACGCGGAGCCCAUGCUGCAUUAGCCAGCUCAUGUUCUUCAGGAAGAACCCGUUUCCCGGGGGACGAACUCCUGGCCAGAUGGGCCCGCUCCUUGCCCUGUCCCUGUUCACCUGCUCCAGCAGGAGACCCAUCAGCAGACGGCGGCUGACAGAGCCCCUGGCUGUGGAGUUCGGGGAGGAAGAUGGUCUGGAUGAGAGGAGAGACAGCACAACGUUCGUGUUGCUUCGGGAGAGAGUGAAUUUUCAUCAGUUCUCUGGGUGUUCCGAAACCUCCCGGGAGUCUCUGCAGAUAAGGAUAGAAUUCUCCAGGCCCGUUUCAAGAGCGUUCCCGGUCAUGGUGCUCAUAAGGUUCUCUGAGAAACCUACUCCUUCUGAUUUUCUUGUGAAAAAGGUGUAUGUCUGGGAUGAGCCCAUGGUGCACGUGUUUGUCCCUGCCAGUUCUCUGAGAGAUGCAGGCUCGGGGUAUCUAUCCUUACUGGAUGCUGACCACGACAGAAGCCCUCGGAACCAGCACCUCGCCAAGGCUGUCAACUACACUGUGCGUUUCCAGGGGCUCCAAUGCCUCUUCUGGGAAACGGGAGCGUGGAGGUCUGCAGAUGCCCCUCCAAAGCCAGGGGCUUCCCCAGACAAAGUGCGCUGCAGUUACGAUCGCCUCGCCCCGGUCUCCAUUGCAAGGAGAACCCUGAGCACCAGUUUUUCAGUGGAGGACAUUUCCAUGCUGCAGAGACGCCCGGAAAACCUGCUUCCUGGUAUUUUGAUUGCGGUUUCCACGGUGCUUUAUGCACUUCUGGUUACCAAAACCAGGCGUGCAGAUCAUCAGGAGAGAGCGAGCGCAGGCUACAUUUUCCUGCAGGAAGACGCGCCAGCCGACGCCCCGCUCUAUGCGGUUGUUGUGGACACAGGCUUCCGGGCCCCCGCCCGCUGUAGCGCCAAGGUUUACAUUGUUUUAUGUGGAGAAAAUGGAGUUUCAGAACCCAGAGAACUCUACUGUCCAGAGAGGCCCCUGUUUAAAAGGAACUCCAGACACACCUUUGUUCUGAGCACCUCGGCUCGGCUGGGCCCUCUCCGCAGGAUCCGCCUGUGGCACGACAGCUGCGGGCCCUGCCCUGCCUGGUACGUGAGCCACGUCAUGGUGCAGGAAUUGGGCGCCGGGCCCACGCCGAGCUGGCUCUUCCCCGCUGAGUGCUGGCUGGCUGCGAACCAUGCAGACGGCCGCGUGCAGAGGGAGCUGGCCUGCCUCUGCCGUGGCCCCGGCUUCUGGAAGCUCCUGUACUCAAAGUUCACCGAGUACCUGGAGGACUUCCACAUCUGGACGUCCGUGUACAGCCGGCCCUCACCCCGCGGCCUCCUGCACACCCCGCGCCUCACCGUCGCCUUUGCCUUGCUGUGCACCUACUCAUGUCUCACCGCCCUGGCCACCGCCUCGGGGCAGGAGCAGCCUGUCCUGGAACUGCUCCUGUGGGCUCUUGGUGCCCCUGACCCGGCCCCUGGGUCCUUCCAGACGGGGCUCCUGUGCACCCUGUUGGCGUCUCCUGCUGCUCAGCUCUUGUCGCUGCUCUUGAGGCUUGCCCAGGAGCCUAGCAGGCUGUCCCCAGUGAAGGCCCUCCUGCCCCCAAGGAGGGCACCCUUGGGGACCACACAGGGCCCUGACUUGCACGGCAGGACACCAGAGACUCAGAAGGGACACAAGCAUAACAUUGUCUCUGGGCUCGCCAGGGCCCAUGGGAGGGCCACAGGCGGUGACGACGCAGGUGGUCCGGCCCCGGAGCUGGAAGCCUGCAGAGCUGCCCCCGGCCAGCGGGCCACAGGGAAGGAGGGUGACUGUGGCACACUCGGCGCUCGAGCACAUCUGUUAAUACGUGUGCCUCUUCCCUGCUCCCCCUCAGUCCCCACCAGUGGGCCUGGACGACCUGCGGCCCUCCAGCAGCCAAGGGCACUGCCGCCUUGGUCCAGCUCCAUAGCGUGGGCCAUCUGCUGGCUGGUCUCCAUGGCCUGUGGCUUUGGGACGGCAUUUCUGGGCUACAGGUUUAACCCGACACAGUGUGCACAGUGGCUGCAGGUGCUGACCCUGUCCGUGCUGUGCUGUGUGUUCGUCACUCAGCCACUUCUGGUCGGCCUCCUGGCCUUGGGCUUUGCCUGGAGAAGGAGAGACGACCCGCAUUUCUUCAUGGAGUCUCUGCAAGAGGCCACCAGGGACCUGGGCUCCGAGCUGGAAGAGCAUGCGAGGACCCGCAAGCCCUGGUGUGCACGCUCGAUGGAGGAGAUGGUGGCUGCCCGACAGCGAGCGCGUCGCCUGGGCUGGGCACGUCCACCAUGUGCAGCCCAGCUCCACGUCACCAGGGAGAGGAUGAGAAGAGACAGCCAGACGUGGGGGGCCCUGAGGGACACUUGCGUGUACACCCUCCUGCUGCUCCUGCACUGGAUCAUACUGUGUGGGAAGGGCUCCUGGGAUGAACAUGCCCUCAAUCAAGCUGUCCGCAGCGAGUUUACAAGGAAUGUCAGGAGCUCCUCCGGUGGCCUGAUGAGUGUGGAGGCCUGGUGGGGCUGGAGCCUGACCACGCUGCUGGACGGCCUGUACGGGCAUGGUGCCCCCACAGUCGGCCCGCCGGGCACUCAGCCUGGAGCGCUCGGUGGGACGUGCCAACUCAUGGGGACUUUGCUCAUCAAACAGUUGAGAGAUUUGUCUGACGAGUGCGAGCUGAGAGGUUCCCUCACGAGUUUUCCUCGAAAAAGAAAAUCUUUCCCAAGCAAACCCCUGGUGAGACUAGAAGACAUGGCCGCGUGCGUGUGGGGACGGUGCCUGGCCUGGCUGGGACUGGCGCAGCCACAGCAGACAGAGGCUGAGCCGGCCGAGGGGCAGCGUUGCUACCUGGAUGAAGCUGCGGAUCUGCUGGAUGAGCUUCUGCUGAAGGUGAACCGCUUGUCCUGCAGCCUGCGACAUCCUCUCCCAGAGCAGCACUGCGGGGAUGCGGCAGAGGCUAGGGCAGAAGGCAGUCCCUUGCUGGGUGUUUCUGCCUAACAAGCCAGUGGGGUAAGCAAAUGA